UGUCGUCACAUGACGUCAUCUGAAACGCCCGCCUUAAACAUGGCAGCGCCCUUGAUGAACGUGUAGUAUUUGUUGCAUACAGUGUCAAAGAUGAACUGCUUCACAAAGUCAUCUGCUGAGAGCUGAAAUCCUCGCGUGCAGUAUGGACAGACGAGAGUUCACAGCCUCCCUUGUGGCAGGCGGCUGUGCAGGAAUGUGUGUAGAUCUCACUCUCUUCCCUCUGGACACCAUAAAGACAAGGCUGCAGAGCCAGCAGGGCUUCUACAAAGCGGGAGGUUUCCGUGGGAUCUAUGCAGGGGUCCCGUCUGCUGCUAUAGGCUCCUUUCCCAAUGCUGCUGCGUUCUUUGUCACCUAUGAAAGCACUAAGUCGUUCUUUGCUGGCUUCACUGCUUCAAGCUUGGCCCCCAUCACUCACAUGCUGGCUGCUUCACUAGGAGAAAUCGUCGCCUGUCUGAUUCGGGUGCCGACUGAAGUGGUAAAGCAGAGAACACAGGCCAAUCCCUCCCUCAAUACCUACCGGGUGCUGCUGAAUACACUACAAGAAGAGGGUUUCAGAGGGUUAUACAGAGGUUAUGGCAGCACAGUACUUAGGGAGAUUCCAUUCUCUCUGGUGCAGUUUCCACUCUGGGAGUACCUAAAGGCCGUGUGGUGGAGGAGGCAGGGGGGACGGCUGGACUCUUGGCAGGCAGCAGUGUGCGGAGCUCUCGCAGGUGGAGUAGCAGGGUUUGUCACAACUCCACUAGAUGUGGCGAAGACUUGGAUAAUGUUGGCUAAGGCUGGAACGAGCACAGCCAGUGGAAACAUCCCAAUGGUUUUGUAUGAAGUGUGGAGGAGUCGAGGAAUACCUGGGCUGUUCGCCGGCAGCAUCCCCAGAGUGACGUUCAUCAGCAUGGGAGGCUUCAUUUUCCUCGGCGCAUAUGAGAAAGUGCGCCGUACGCUUUUAUAAACUCCAUCUUCAUGGAACAGUGUGGGUCAGUUUGUACUGGACCGGUUUCCUCAACCCAAACCCUGACUGUACAGCCAAAACUGCAAAACGAGGUCAGAGACCAGCAAAAUCAGCACUACAGUGGAGUGGAGGUUGAUCAAAUCUGACUGAGAAACGCACCCUCUGUCCCAGUUUGAACCGCUGGUCUUGAGGGCCAUGGCUAGGACACCUGGUGCCUGGAUAAAAAGAUCACAUAACACAUGGGUUUGCAUUCCUGCUCAUCAGUGCACAACAGAUUGAGUUUAACUGCCUGAAUUCCACUUAUAUUGCACCACAGAUCAGGUUCAAACUCAAAUGUCAUUUUUGCAAGCCUAUGUGAAUCGAUUAAAAAAAGCUUUUUUACAAAAAUGAAUUGGCUAUUUGUAUUACAACAUGGCCGAGCUAGUCUUUUAUGUACUAAAGUCAUCAUAUAUGCACUAAUUGGAAACAAGUUAAAAUGCGUAACGAAUAUUAUUCCAGUGGAUUAUCAUUACAUGUUGAGUCUAGACUUUGAUCCCCAAGCUUAAGCUAGUUGCUCUACCUGCUUCACUAUUAUUAGCUGAAAAAACACGCACAAGAGUCGAGCAGAAUGCGAAGAAAGACAGAUUAGUCCACAGGUGUGAAUGUUUGUCUGACCUGUCAUGAAGCUUGGGGCACAAGUACAAUACAGAGUGUUUGACUGAAGCAACAGUGGGCCGUUCCAGCGCUGUGGGCUCUCAGUCAACAAUCACCUUACACUGGUAUGUGCUUUCUGUCCUAACACACACUCCAACAGUACAGAAGAAUGAGCUUAACAAAUCACGAGAGACAUUACUAUAGCAGUAAACUGAUCAAUUAAAAUCACAAAAGUACAUCGGAAUGGGUGUGCAAAUUUAAGUUGAACAUAAGCUACAGUACUCAGCGUAAUUGAGUACACCCCCUUUGAAAAGUAAAAGUAACUCCCUUUGAAAUGUUUUGAAAAAGUAAAAAAAAAAUUUAAACAAUAUCUCAAUGAACACAAAAACAAUUUCCAAAAUGUUGACAAGACUAAGUUUUAUAUAUCUGUUUAACUUAUAUUAUUAACCUUACUUUCAUGUUAUAACUUAGAGAACAAAAUUUUCAGUUUUACUCAAAUUAGGGUGUACUCAAAAAUCAGUACACCCCACUAAAAGUCUCUGGAGCAAAGCUAAAUUUUAGAUUACAAAUGUCUAAUUUAACAAGAAUUCAACCACAGGCGAGUCUAAUUAUUCAUUACACAGGUGUCCAGCAGACAGUUGACUAUAAAAGGGUGUUAAAACCCCUUUCCAUUUCAUGCUGUCAGCAAUGGCACCACAUGGAAGAGAAAUGACACAAGACCUGAGAAAAAAAAAUUAUUUCUUUACACCAGAAAGGUGAAGGCUACAAGAAGAUCAGCAAAGCUUUACUUAUCAGUCAGAAUACUGUAGCAAAAGUGGUACAAAAAUUUAAAAAAGAUGGAAUUGCAACCAUCUCACAGAGACGUCCAGGUCAUCCACGGAAGUUAACACCUCGACAGGAGCGUCUUCUGAUGAGAAGGGUUGAAGAAAAUUGGCAUGCAAGUUUACUGCAGUUAUCUAAAGAAGUAGAAAGCCAAACUGGGGUGACUAUUUCCCGUGACACAAUAUGGCGUACACUGCAGAGGAAUGGCAUGCAUAGGUGCCGUCCACGAAAGAAGCCUCUCCUAAAGCCCAGGCACAAAAAAGCCUGCCUAGAGUUUGCCAGGGCCCAAGAUGACCAAGAUGAAGACUGCUGGGACUCUAUACUCUGGAGUGAUGAGACCAAGAUAAAUGUUUUUGGAACUGACGCCUUCAAAACUGUAUGGCGUCGCAAAGGUGAGGAAUGCAAAGAAAAAUGCAUGGUGCCUACAGUGAAACAUGGUGGUGGCAGUGUCCUUAUGUGGGGCUGCAUGAGUGCUGCUGGUGUCGGGGAGCUGCAUUUCAUUGAUGGCAUCAUGAAUUCACAGAUGUACAGCUCUAUACUGAAAGAGAAGAUGCUACCAUCACUCGUUGUGCACUUUUCCAACAUGACAAUGAUCCUAAACACACAUCUAAGGUCACUGUUGGAUUUCUGAAGAAGAACAGGGUGAAAGUGAUUCAGUGGCUCCUGAUCUGAACCCAAUCGAGCACCUAUGGGGAAUUCUGAAGAGACAAGUUGAGCAUCACUCUCCAUCCAGCAUCCAGUCUCUAAAAGAGGUCAUUCUUGAAGAAUGGAAAAAGAUAGAUGUUGCAAAAUGUCGCCAACUUGUUCAUUCCAUGACUUGGUGCUGUCAUUAAAAAUCACAGAGGCCAUAUAAACUACUAAAUGUAGUUUUUGUUGUGGGGUGUACUCAUUUUUGCAUCACACUAAUUUGAGUAAAACUGAAAAAUGUGUAAUCUAAGUUAGAUUAUUAACCUUACUUUCAUGUUAUAAGUUAUACAGAUGUUAUAUUAAACUCAGUCUUGUCAACA